CUCCUCGCGUUCCCAUCCCGCGGUGAUGACGUAUCUGUGAACAGUCAACAGACACACACACAAACACGGUCGGUCCGGACCGGACCGGAGCUACACCGGACAAUAUCUUCUCUUUUCCUGCUGUCUGUACGGUUCGGCGAUCUGUUUAACAUCGUUGACACGAGGCGGCCGGGAUUGAGUGUCCACACGGAGCGGACGAGGCCGUUUAUGUCGGUUUCUGUGGAUGAGAGCGACGCCUGUUUUUAUUCGUGUUCACUGCGACACGGAGAGAGACCGAGCAGAAGUCCUCCUAUUAACAUCUCAAACACACGACUGGAGCCUUAAACAUGCUGUUUCACCUCAGUUCAAUGACUUAAAGAGUCAGUUUGAGCACUUUAGUCGUCUCGCUGUAGGAGGCCAGUGGAGGAAGACUAAUCUUCAUCAUCAUAAUCUUCGUCGUCAUCAUCAUCAUCAUCCCACGCCUGUUGUUUAUAGUCUAAUGUUUCAGAUGUAUAUACAUCUGUCAGUGUUUAACUCAUUCUUGAACACGAUGAGAGGAAAGUAAUGGAGCUUAGUGUUGUCAGCAUGAUGUACAUGUGAGAUAUUUCUCUUUUAAUGUGGAUAAAACUGAAACUGAUCGACUUUGAAAGAUGCUGUAGGUGUUUACAUGUUUGUUAGGAGCACAGGCUUGCUAAAGAGAAGACUUGAGACAUAGACUAGAGUCAGGUGUCUUGUGCAAUCCUUUAAAUCAAUACUACAUAUGAAUGAAGCGAGGUGCAUGAAUACGGUAAGGACCUCCAUUUAAAGCUACAAUGUGAACUUUUAGUAUUCAAUGCACUUGUUAAGGAGAUAUUGAACUGUUUCUCCCCGGGUUUGAGAGGAUUGGACUGUAUUGUAGGUGAUCGAGGGAACUCGUGUUGGUUUUGACAGACAGUGGCGUGUGCUCCAGCUCCCUGGAAAUGAGAAAAUGAAUUGCGAGGGAGAAGCUGUAGAUUUGUGCAAUGUGUCUGCCGCAGACGAGAUCCUUCCUCGUGACGGCCUCCUGGCGACGGAUGGAGAUCAGGAGAUCCUGUCCAGCGUAAACGACGUCCAUUCGAAAGACAACGGUUCCUCGGAGCUGAAAGCAGCACAGAGUAAAAACAACGGGUCUGUAGCCGUGUCGGCUGACCCUGUUAACGGCUCUGCUGGAGAUCUGCAGCAGAACACCAGCGAGUCUGAGGAUCCACCGGCGAGCAGGUGCUCCGCUGGAGACGGUGAGACGGAUAUCGGUGUGGAUUUGAGUCUGGACGAAAAUGGCGUUCUGGAGUCCGAGCCAACGGCUCCGACUCAAAGUGCGGAGAGUGCCUCUCUCUGUGAGAACUCGCUAACAUCAGAAACUGUGAGAGAACUGCAGCCUCCAGAAGAUCAUCUUGAAGAUGUGGCUUCAGAAACCGUCUCAGCGGCUGAGCCACCAAGCAGUGCAUCUGGUAGUAAACACGGGUCCAAAAGAGUGACCUUUCCGUCAGACGAAGACAUCAUCUCGGGUGCGGUUGAGCCGAAGGACCCUUGGAGACACGCCCAGAAUGUGACGGUGGAGGAGAUUCUGAAUGCCUACAGACAAGCAUGCCAGAAGCUCAACUGCAAACCAAUCCCUAAAGUGUUCAAACAGAUCCAGGACUUAAAAGACCUGACACAGCGAAACGAGUGCCUAGAACUCAAAGGAGAGAAGCUGGACUAUAAAUCAUGUGAAUCUCUGGAGGAGAUCUUUAAGAGGGUGCAGUUUAAAGUGGUGGAUCUGGAACAGACAAACUUAGACGAGGAUGGAGCGUCUGCUUUGUUCGAUAUGAUCGAGUACUAUGAAUCCGCCACUCAUCUCAACAUCUCCAGCAACAAGCACAUCGGCACACGCGGCUGGCAGGCCGCCGCACACAUGAUGAGGAAGACGAGCUCUCUGCAGUACCUGGACGCCCGUAACUCCCCGCUGCUGGAUCAUUCGGCUCCGUUCGUGGCCAGAGCGCUGCGGAUCAGCGGCAGUCUGACCGUCCUGCACCUGGAGAACACCGGCCUCUCAGGACGACCGCUCAUGCUGCUCGCCACAGCACUGAAGAUGAACAUGAACCUCAGAGAGCUGUAUUUGGCUGAAAACAAGCUGAACGGUCUGCAGGACUCGGCUCAGUUGGGGAACCUGCUGAAGUUCAACUACAACAUCCAGAUUCUGGACCUGAGGAACAAUUACAUCCUGGACUCAGGGUUGGCGUAUAUAUGUGAGGGUCUGAAGGAGCAGAGGAAGGGUUUGGUGACUCUGGUGCUCUGGAACAACCAGCUCACACACAAUGGCAUGGGAUACCUGGCCGCCGCUUUGCCUUUCACUCAGAGUUUGGAAACGCUGAACCUCGGUCAUAACGCAGUGGGGAACGAAGGAGUGCACAAACUAAAAGACGGACUCAUAGCGAACCGCUCCAUCCUCCGGCUGGGUCUGGCCUCCACCAAACUCUCCUGUGAAGGAGCGGUGGCUAUCGCUGAGUUCAUCGUUGAGAGUCCGAGGAUCCUCCGGCUGGACAUGCGUGAGAAUGAGAUCAAGACCGGAGGCCUCAUGGCUCUCACGCUCGCAUUUAAAGUCAACACAUCGCUGCUCCGACUCGACCUGGACCGAGAGCCCAAGAAAGAGACGGUGAAGAGUUUCAUUGAGACACAGCGCGCCCUGCUGGCAGACAUUCAGAACGGCUGCAAGAGGAACUUCAUCCUGGCCAAAGAGAAGGAGGAGACGGAGCAGAAGAUGAGGCUGUCGGUUUCAAUGGCCGAGAUCGCCACUGAGGACCAAACUCAAGAGGAUGAAGAUGCAUCUGCAGAGAAAAUCGAGGAAGAAAACCCCACAGAUCAGGGAGACGCAAACGAUGAGGGCAGUGUAUUUGACAGCGAAGAGGUCAAAGAUCAAAAAACGACACUACAAGACGACUCGGACUCUGACACCGAGGAUGAGGACGCAGUGGAGGAGCCGAAAGCUUCUGCAAACACCACACCUCCCAUAGAGAUUCCUGCAAUAAACGCCUGUACGGCCGUGGCCUCGACGCCUCCUCCACCAGGAUCUCCAGCGAGAAUAACAGUGACCGAAGCCAGCCCUGUCCCCGGAUCCCCAGCAUCUCCUGGACGCUGCAUUUCAGUGUCUAGCCCUGGCAGAGGACGCAAAAUCUUUAUGGUAACCCGUGUGGAAAGCCCUCCGGAGCAGCAACAGAUGAAUGCAUUUGGGAAAGGCGUCAGCGAGAGGGCGGCAGAGAGCCAAACUCCCACACAAACUGAUAUCAAAGCACCUUUAGAUGCACCAUCAAACCAAAAAGCAUCUGAGCUCAGCACGUUAACAUCACAUGCAGAAACAACACCAGCACCUGUUCAACCGCUCAACGUGUCUUCACAUGAUGAGCAGGAGAAUACGAAGGAGUCUUCACCAACAGGAAUCGCACCGGAACCUUCUACGCCGUCUGAAAGCCAGAAGGACGCCAUCGUUGCCGAUCACUUGAUUGUAGAUACAAACAUAGAAACAUCGCACAAUGUAAGCGAGACGUGUUCUCACACGGAGCAGAAACAGGACACACAGCCAUCAGUUUCAGGACAAUCCCGAGAUCCCGAGACGCUAAAGCCAAAGGUCGCACCAUGUCCAGAACAGCUGGGGGAAGUUCAUCCAGGUGCUAACGGAGGAGAACGAGUGCAGUCAAGUGAGCAGCAACAGGCCACUCACGAACCCCUCGAUGAGGACGACUGUGCCCGGGCGGGAUCUCCUGACCAGAUCUCCACAGAAGAAGCUGAAGGUCAUCCGGCUGGGAGUAUGGGAACAGCGCUGCCCAACGGGCUCAAGCCAGAGUUUGCCUUUCACCUGCUCGAACCCGAGGGACCCAAACCAGCCAGCUGCAUUAUGGAGCAUGUGAGCGUGACCGCAGAGCUGAGCUGUGGGCAGGAUUUAGAGGAGCUUCUCCUUGAUGCCAGUCUGGACACCAGCAGAGAUGCACCAUAAUGCUGUAACCAAGGAUCCACACAUGCAGAGAGAAUCAGAAGGGCCGGUUUGUUCUUGGCAACAUGGCAUUCGCUCAUAUUCCUCGGGUCUCUUUUUCAUGUCUUUUCCACUAAUUUUCCAAUCGUUGCAUCAGAACACAGAGGACUCCCCUUCCCUCCAGUGUCCAACUUUGAUUGAAAUUAGGAAAAUCUCUUCUGCGAUUUAAACAUUUGCCGUAAAGUUAUACAUUCGCACAGUUACCAAAGACGCACAAGCAGAGAAACACACACACACUUGCUAACCGGCGAAUUUCUUCUGUUCCUCCCCGUUACGCUGUCGACUGUGGCUGCCCCCUGGUGGACUGGAGGCUGUAAUGCAGCACAGAGACUGACCGGCUGAAACACGCGAAGACAUUUCAUUGGUUUUGGCUUUGCGAUACGGUCACACUGUUUGAUGAGAGCGUCGUUGCGUGUCUCUGUGUGUGUGCUUGUUGUUAUUAAAGUCUCGUUAACACAAAAAAAGACUUGAGAUCUGCUUUCCGUUGGUUUCUGCUGCUCAGGAAUCGGUCAAAACACUCACUUCUGAUCUCAGAUCUCACCAGGUUCCCUUCAUCAACCAGCCUCCGAAACCUGCAGGAACGUGUGGAACAAUUUAGCGAGUCAUCUGAAUGAUUCGGACAUCUGAACGAAGCUGUACGCUUUUCACGCUCUCUUACUAUCUCAAACACUCAUUCUGUCUUCCAUCGGUAAAUCCCUGUGCGUCUCUGUACGUACCCAUCCGAAGACAGGACAAGACACGUUUGCCUUUAAACCUUUUUUCAGCUCUUUAUUCUGGCUGCUUGGCUGAAUCAGUUUGUAUUUAUUUUAAACAACCCGAGUCUGUUGUGUGAUUUUAUUUUAUUAUUAUUUUCCUCUUCGUUUUCCCCAUCUUUUUUUUUUUUGUUUUUUUUUUUUUUUUAAAGCUAACCCUUUUUGUGGGACUUUCCCCCUUUGGUGGUGUAUAUUUUCAUAUUCUAUAAAGAGCAAAUAUUAAGUUUAAAGUUUUCCUAUUUUGAUUGGUGGGGGUUUGGGAAAGGUAUUGAUUUAUAUAAAUAGGGCUGGAGCUCUUGGAGAAGAGUAUAUGAUAUAAACGGGGCGAGAAAUGAAGGCAGUAGGAGUGCCGGAGCACAAGACAUCAUGAAGAAAACACUACGCUUGUGUGAAGCUGCUGCCACUGGAGACACUAGAGACGACACUUUACCUCGAGAGACGUCGCCAUCGUCAGACUAACGUGUGAUUCUAGGGCAAACGAGAAGCUUGUGAGAUCUUGAGCUGAUCAGUGUAGUACUUUCCACCAUUCCAGGCUUCUGUGGUUGGUGCUUUUCAGUCUCUCUCUCUCUCUCUUUAACGUCUGGUUGAUGUCGACUCUGACGUCUCUCUGCCAGGCUUCAGAGAAGCUUUGCAUCUACAUCCAGAUCGUCUUUGACCUUGAAAUCAACACUUCUGUGCUGCUCCCCAACCCGAUGUUUGUAAUGCUUUAUUUUUAGUCAUUUUUAAAAUUACCUGUUAAAUUAAUCCAACUGUACUGGUAAAAACAAAGAGAUGUGUACGGCUUUUCCCUCUCAAAUAAAUGCAUGUAAUGACAAAAAC